AUUUCCAGACAAAAUGGCUUACUAUGGUCUGCAAAUAGCUGGACUAAUACUAGGAGGAGUCGGAAUGGUGGGGACAGUGGCCGUCACUAUCAUGCCCCAGUGGAGAGUUUCCGCCUUCAUUGGAAGCAACAUUAUAGUUUUUGAAAACCUCUGGGAAGGCCUGUGGAUGAGUUGCAUGAGACAUGCCAACAUCAGGAUGCAAUGCAAAAUCUAUGACUCCCUGCUGGCUCUCACUCCAGACCUGCAGGCCUCCAGGGGAUUGAUGUGUACAGCCUCUGUGCUCUCCUUUCUCGCUUUCAUGAUUGCCAUCCUUGGAAUGAAAUGUGUCGUAUGCACUGGGAACAAUGAACAAGUCAAGGGUUUUAUUUUGCUGACAGCUGGAAUCCUCUUCAUCCUCACAGGGAUUGUCGUUCUGGUCCCGGUGUGCUGGGUUGCCAAUGCGAUCAUCAGAGAUUUCUACAAUCCAAUAGUGAAUGUGGCUCAAAAACGAGAAUUAGGAGAAGCCAUCUACAUAGGCUGGGUCACAGCACUGCUCCUCGUUGCUGGAGGGACAAUGUUCUGCUGUGUUUUUUGUUGUAAGGAGAAAAGCGAUCGCUACAGAUACUCGAUACCAUCUUAUCAUACAACCCACAAAAGUUAUCACUCAGGGAAGAAAACACCAAGCACGCACUCCAAAAGUCAGUAUGUCUAA